AUGAGUACCUGCCCCCACUGUCGCGUCUUCAGCGGCAUACCUACCUGCUUGGCGUGCAAGACCUAUCAUCGAAUAGGCGCGUUCCUCCAGGACGGGCGUUUCAACGCUUACCAGGAAAACCAGGUGCUGACCAUCCUGCGCAACUGCGCAGGGGCCUUGACCGAUCUGGUCGAGGCGGGAGGUCCUUUUGGGCCGCGCAGCGCCGCUGAAGUAGGAGGUGGCGAGAGAGAGGUGGGCAGGUCACCUUUGAAAGAGGAGCCAGAUAAAGAAGUAGUAGCAGAAGCAAAGCCGACAGAAGAGGAAGCAUCCAACGGUGAGAAAGAAGAGGAAGCCGAGGAAGGGAAAGAAUCCCCAAAAGAGACCAACAAAGAAAAGGAAAACGCCUCCAUCAAGAAGCCGGUGAGUGCCAAGAAAGAGAAGAAAAAGAACAAGAAGAGCAAGGACAAGACCCGAAAGAAAAGAAGAAGCAGCCCUUCAGAGAGAAAGGAAAGCCCUGAGAUCGGGGAGUCGAAAAAGAAGUCAAAGAAGGAUUCAUUGAAAGCCACGGGAAGCAAGACAUCACCCCCUAAGAGGGACCGAACGGUCUCAGAGGAAAGUAGAAAAAAUACCGCCGAGGAGAAGCCGCAGAGAGAGGAGAGAGAGGCAAGCACAAGAGAGGAGCCCCCCGAAGAGGAGGUCGCAGAAGAUCCAGCAGGAUGUGGCUUGGGACAUAUCCCCAUCAGGGGCAGUGCCGGACGAUCUCGAGAAGAGGUCAUCCCUGCUGGCAACCGUCGACCUGCCGAGCCUGAGGCACUUCCGGCAGAAGAGUGGGAUUACCACUACGACGGAAGGCAAUAUUACUCCACGGGGAAUUGGAGCCCUGACUGGAAGGCCAAGCGCUGGAAAGGCUACAACCACUACACCAGAGCCCGCCCCGGCCGGAGAGAUCUCCAAGACUUCAGGAGUCCACAGGAGGCCGGCCACUCAGUUCGAGGGAUCGAUCUGCGCCUCGACUGGCUGAGAAGGGAGAUAGGCCUGAGAGCCUUGAGGGCCCAGUGCCUCUGUCGGAGUGGAAGGCCAAGCGCGGCCCGCCUGAGCCAGAGGAGGAAGGGCUGUGGCGUGCAGUGCCUGAUGCCGAUGGGCACAGGCAAGUUUCGCCCCCAGGCGUGGCAUUCAGAGUUUCUCCAGGGCGAUCUUGGGGUGGUCUUAGACCCUGCCAUUCGCACUCACGGGGAGAAGCCCUGGAUAGCAAGCUUGCAGAAGGAGGUUCGAGGUCAAAGAAGCGAACUGGAACCCUUGAGAAGCCAGGUGAAGCACGGGGUGGAAGCACGGAAUACCGCCUGCGGCCAAGAUACAGGCGAAGAGAAAGAAAAGAAAGCAGACAGAAAGGAGGAGUUAAAAGCGAACGUUCUAAAAAACUCCCGCGUCAAGACGGAGGAAAAGAGGAGGCAAAAGUUGCGCUCAAAAAGUCCGGCCACGGGGAAGGUAGCCCUGAGUGGCCGUCGACCAAAGCGAGCGGCUCAGAAGAAGUGGAAGGCCCUCGAGAGGGCAAGAGUGAGCCUCUCAGAGCAGGCGGGAAGCAAGCUGAAGGAGAUGGCACAGAGAUGUCUGAAGAGAAGAUGUAAGGCAGAGAGGACGGGGCUAGAGACCCUGGAGAGUUUCGGCGUGACGGGGAAAGACAGCCCUGAAAUAGCCGCCAUGUGGAGCGAUCCGACGAAAAAUGGACCCUAUGAGGGAGGUGAGGAGACUCCUCCCCUGGUCCGGGAAGAGAAGAAGCUCCCAGCACCAAGCUCAGCAGCGGCGCUAUGGGAGUAUGAAGCUGGUGCGCAAUCAAUGCAUGUGACGUCACCUUCCGACGGGGCGGCGAUGAGGUCAAAUGACCUUGGCACAGUGCCCUGGCAGCCGAGCGAAGACUUGGCGAGCGACCGUCGAGGUGAGCAAAAAAGAGCGAGGCAGUUGGCUUUUGAGGGUCUUCCCCUGGGAUGGUGUGGUUCGGAUCUGUUUCAAUGUCUCCUAGAAGUUUUACCACUUCGCAGCCAGGACACGGGUAGGCGGUCUUCAUUUGGAGUUUUCCCCCUACCUACUUCUAGGAGUGUUUUGCUGAACUACGCCCCGGGGAUCACUGAGUUUGAGAUUUUUUGGUGCUUGUCGAUUUGUAUUUCACUCAAUUCUUUGUGGGGUGCUGAAGUCCUGUGUGACGGGGCUUUGAAUGAAGGGCAAUGCAAGUGUCUGGAUGGGAUUUUGCGAGAUGUGAAGAGGUUUAUUGGGAUCCAUCAGGUGGUUGGAAAGGUGGAUUGGGCGAAUUUCUUUCACGUUAAAUCCAUAGACUACAAGGGCGAUGAAGUCAAGGUGGCACAGUGGUUCCACUGGCAAAACAUCGCUCCAGCUUUGCCCCAAGAUGUAGGUGGUGUGCCCUUGAAUGAGGUUUGUACUCAUGGGUGCAAAGAUUAUGUCUUAAACUUUGAACGGUACCUGAAGCCCGAGUCAGAAUGGGGGGUCCCCACGCGACCAAGGGUAAUGGUGGCUGAUGUGGAUUGGCCCGAAGUGUGCAAAGGACUGGUAGCCUCCGGGGUAUGCGUGUACAUCCCCGAAGAGGACGUCUUUCACACCGGGUCAGGGCCCCUACUCAACGGGAUGUUCGGGGUCACCAAGGAUGAGACAUCUGAUCAAGGUUUUGAAAUCUACCGCCUCAUAAUGAAUUUAAUCCCUUUGAAUGGGCUGUGCAAGCCCUUGGCGGGGGAUGUAGAUACUCUUCCGGCAUGGUCAGCUAUGAGCCCCUUCUUUCUACAGCCCAACGAGCGGCUCCUGGUGUCGAGUGAAGACGUGAAAUGCUUCUUUUACACGAUGUCGGUUCCACAGUGUUGGGUGAAUUUUUUGGCCUUCAACAAAUUGGUCCCUGACACAGUCUUACCACCCGAGUUGAAGGGCUCCCGAGUGUACCUUGCGAGCCGAGUGCUCCCCAUGGGGUUCCUCAACUCCGUGAGCCUGGCACAGCACGUACAUCGCAAUCUUGUCAAGUGGAGCUCUACGACGGCAGUGGACGGGUCGGUCGGGGCGAACGUCCCUGAGGCCGAACUGAGGAAGGAUAGGGAGUUCUCGGUGCACAAUCCUAACUGGAGGGUGUACCUGGACAACUAUGAUCUUCUUGAACGGGUGAAGUGCUCGGAGGUUUCCUCUCUGGAAGGCACCCAAGCGGCUGGGGUCCUAUCCCUGAGGCACGAGUACGAGAAAUGGGGCAUACCUCGGAACCUGAAGAAAUCAGUGCAGCGCUCCAGCUUAUGUGAACUGCAGGGGGCCACCGUGGAUGGUGAAGCAGGUGUCGCCUACCCGCGUGAGAACAAGCUGGCUAAAUACUUUGGCAUGGCCUUGGAUUUGUGCUACCAGCCUUUCGCCACGCAGAGGCAAUGGCAAGUGGUGUGCGGAGGAUUGGUUUACUUCAGUAUGUUCCGUCGCCCGCUUCUAGGAUCCCUGAACCAAGUGUGGCAGCACAUCAUUUCAUUUGACACAAAGAAGAAGGGUAGCCUGGCGACCCCUCCUGAGUGCCAGCUCGAACUCCUACGGUUCUUGGGGAUGCUGCCUCUAGCCCGCAUGGACUUUCGUCUUGACAUGAGCUCUAUGGUUACAUGCAGCGAUGCUUCACAACAGGGAGGAGGUAUAUGUGCAAGUGGACCACUUACUCCGUUUGGCCAGGUAGUUGCCCAAGGGGCCCUGCGGGGCGAAGUCCCUGAAUCUGGAGACCUUGCCGUUUUUUCUUUGGGUCUGUUCGAUGGCAUUGGUGCCCUGCGAGUAGCGUUGGAGUUGAUCAAUGUCAAGGUAUUGGGUCAUGUGUCGGUGGAGUGCAACAAGAGUGCUCAACGAGUGGUAGAAAGCCACUAUCCAGGGGUGGAGACGGUUGAUGACAUCCAACUGAUCGAUGCAACCAUGGUGGAGAGUUGGGCAGCAAGGUACUCCCAAUGUUCUCUUGUGAUCAUUGGGGCUGGACCGCCUUGUCAAGGUGUUUCGGGGUUAAACCCUGGUCGAAAAGGAGCUCUACGUGAUGUGCGAUCCAAUUUGUUCCAAGAAGUGCCACGGGUUCGCGACUUAGUGAAGAGGUCCUUUCGCUGGUGUGCGGUCCAUGUCCUUAUGGAAUCAGUAGGGUCAAUGGAUUCUGGCGACCGCCAGGAAGAUGAGGGCGCCAAGCUGGAGCAAACGGGCGAGGUCUGCACCCUGAAGCUGACGGGGAAGCAGCACCUUGAUGAAGUGGUUCGCGCCGGUUGGCACAAAGUGGAUGAGAGCCGUCCUUUUCCUACAUUUACGACCAGUCGUCCGCGAUCACAUGCUGGAUACAAGCCGGCAGGAGUUCACCAAUGUGACCUUGUGGAGCUGGAGCGAUGGCACAAUGAUCAGUUUCGGUUCCCUCCAUACCAGUACAAGACCAUCAACUGUGUGAGGAAUAGGACCGGGGAAUAUCGAAUCCCUGAUGUCUCAGAGCGCGAACUCAUGAUGGGAUUCCCGCUUCACUACACGGCAAAUUGCUGCAGCAAAACUGAGAAGAAGAAAGCCCACUACAACGACACGCGGCUGACCUUGUUGGGUAACAGCUGGUCUGUGCCAGUGGUGGCGUGGUUGAUGUCGCAAUUGUUUUGGUGGCUUGGGUGGAUUGCACGACUGUCGCCUCAACAGAUACUGGAAUCAUGCCGACCAGCAGUGCACCAGUAUGUGCAAGGGCGAUUGGUUCGACUACCCCUGAAUCCUUCGCGCAAGCGAUGUGCCGGGGAUGCCCAUCAAUUGGCAUGCAGGCUAGGAAAUCUGGUGUCUAUCAAGGGUGAGGAUAUCAUGCUAUCUACCCCAACAUCCCAGAUGGCAAAAUUUCACCGUCUACGGGCGAGCAUCCCCGCGAGAUUGUGGAGGUGGACAACUAUCGCAGGGUGGAAGUGGACGCAUGGGUCAGAACACAUCAAUAGUUUGGAACUACGUGCAGUCUUGACAAGUAUUCGAUGGCGCAUUGAAAAACAGAAACAGGUUGGCUGUAGAAUGAUUCACCUGACUGAUAGUUUGGUGUGCUUGCACGCCCUAUCACGGGGAAGAAGUAGCUCACGGAAACUCCGUCGUACUAUGGCACGGGUGAACGCAUUGGUCUUGGCGGGGAAUGUGCAGAUGGUGUGGGCUUAUGUCCACACGGAUCAAAAUCCUGCUGAUCGCCCAUCCAGAUGGGGACAGCGGGUCAAGUCUAAGUAUCGCCAUGCCCCGAAAAAGAGUUCUUGA